AUGCAUAUAUACGUGAGGUCCUUAGAGACUCUUCAAUGCUAUGAGUUUUCAGAGGAAACACGAGUAGAAGAAGUGAUGGCCCAAAGCAACUGCGACAACUUGCAAUGGGGUGGCCGUGCUUUAAGAGCAGAACUUACUCUUGCAGAUUAUGGCAUCAUGGACGAAUGCACUUUAGAAGCCCUCUUAGCACUUGCAGGUGGUAAAAGGAAAAAGAAGAAAAAAGUCUAUACAACCCCUAAGAAAAAGGCACAUAAGAAAAAGAAAGUCAAGCUCGCAGUCCUUAACAUUUACAAAGUCGAUAAAAGUGAAAAAGUAACCAGAACCAAGCGUGCAUGUGAAAAAUGUGGAGCAGGAACCUUCAUGGCAAAGCACUUCAACAGACACUACUGUGGUAAAUGCCACGCAACUCAGCUAUUCUCACAAGCUUAA